CCGGUCCUUCCAGAUCGUCGCGCCAUCGUCGUCCUUUGUGUCCAACCUCUGAGCGGUCCAGAAAUCUCUAUAACCAUCUGAAGGAUCAUCGAAGACCUCCGUACAGAUUCCUGACCACAUUUUCAGCAUUAGUUGUCUUAUUUUAAACCAGAACGAGUUAAGAACAUUAGGUAUCUUGUGGACGGCGCCCCUGCAGGCCCACAGUCCCCACAAUGAUCACCAGAAGAAGAGGCCGUUCUGUGAACACCACAGAGGUGCAGUCUCUGGAGGUUGAAGUGGUCAACGCUGUGGAAACUGAUGAAGAUCUCUUCAGUCCGACCGAGGGUUUCCUGGCUGGCGACAUCGACACCGCUGGAAUAGAGCUGGAUGAUCUGCUUGGAAUUGAAGACUUGAAAUGGACUCUUGAAAAAGACGCUGCGUCUCCACUCUUCGAUAUUGAAUUGGCUGAUUUUGGUCUGUGCGAUGUCAAGGAUGAAGACUCCCAGAUUGGAGCGUCACCGGGCUCCUCUCCUGACAGAAUUCCAGCUGAGAAGAAGAUGAAGAACCGGCAGAACCAGUCGAGGAAUGUGAUCAACAAAAACGCCAUAGCUGCCAGGUUGAAUCGUCUCAAGAAGAAAGAAUACGUCAACAGCUUGGAGAAGAAAGUCGGGAUCCUGUCGACAGAAAACAACGGGCUCAAACAGGAAAACAGCCAGCUGACCAAGAGGGUCGAGGAGCUGGAGGAUGAGACCAGGUACCUGAGGGCUGUGCUGGCCAAUGAGAGCAUGUUAGCCCAGCUCUUGUCCAGGCUGAGCGGUGUGAAUGGGAUGAAAUUAUCUUCCUCGCUUUUCCAGGGGCGGGAUUCAAACGACCAUGACUACGCGUUACCCAGGAAGCGUGUGAAAGUGGAGGAGAAAGAGACAUCUGGUGGCGUUUGUCUGCAUGUGGACAAGAACCACGUGUCGGUGGAGUUCUGCACCAAGUGUGCAGAGAGUGCAAGCACGUCGAUCAAAAUGUAGGGUCAAGUACUUCUCUCUGUUUUCAGAUAUUCAGACUGAACUGGAUGAACACUUAGUUAAUUUACUUCAGAAGUGUUGAAUGUUUAUGUUUGAUCAUGUUUGAGUACACGUUACUGCUAAACCUUGUUGACAGUUUCUUCUAGGUAAUGGUUGAUCCACCAUGCGGGCUGAGCUGCUCUCUGAACACCUUUACCUGCUUGACUCCAUGUGGAUUCUGCUGGUGAAGGGGAGGAGGCUGGACAAGCAGCUGCCACACGGCCUGGUAUUUUUUUAAAGGUAGUAUCGGUAACGAAUGGUAUCCAUUAAUUUUAUUUCAUCAAUACUCCACAACACGUAGCUGUACAUCUACAGCUGCUCCACUCAGAGCAACGCUAACAGGACUCAUACUCAUGAUUAUGAACUGUGCUUCUAUUCAGACUGGCAUGUAUUUACCAGCAAAUACUUUAAAAUCAGCUUUAAAUGGUGAGAGUGCCAGUUUUGACCUGUAAGAACUUGUAAAUAAUUUUGAUUUCUUUUUGGGAGAGUAAUGGCCUUUGAGAAAUGUUGAAGAAAUAAAUCCUAUUUUCAUUA